UCGUUAAAUAUAGUAUAGAAAAGCCACGUCAACGGAAAAACAUGCAUGAGAGAGGAGAAAAGAUUGAAUCGGACGGCUGGCAGCGAGAGAUUCGGUCUUGUCACUCUUCACACCAGGCUUCAUCCCCACCCGUCUCAGAUUUAGGCGCGAUUUGUUCAUCACUCGCACAUAUCGAAACCAAUAACUCUAUUAUCAUCCGACUUGCUCAUCAAAUUAACAGCGUCUUCUUCUCCUCUUCCACGUUUUUAUCCGUCUUCAAUGUCGUGCAGAGGUUGACGAUGUCCUCUGCGUCUCUAUAGCGUCUUGGAGGGAUCUCGGUUUUGGUUUCGGCCCUCUGUCUCAAUGGCAUCUUCCAAGUGGAAAAAGAGGGAACACGAGGGUGAGACCGACAAGACAAAACUUAUAAUUGCUGGAAUCCGGCACCAGUUGUUGCUGCUCCGCCGCCGCCGGCACGGUGUAUUUCAGCUCGUCUCCGGCUGUCUUCUCCUCCUCCUCCUCGUCUCCUUCUCCCUUCUUUCUCCUCCUCCUCCAUUUACUCGUCACCACUAUGUUAGGAACAAUGAGGUAGCCCUGGAACGCAAUCCAAAACCGCCUUCGAAGUUUCAUAUUCCGGCAAAUGGCGAGAGUUCAGAUAGAGAAUUGUGGAACUCGAGCUUCUCCAGGUUCUACUAUGGCUGCAGCAAUGCCGAUGAUGGGUUUCAAGUGGCGGAUCAGAAAACACACAGGGAUCGGUACUUAUUGAUUGCGACGAGCGGGGGGCUAAACCAACAACGAACAGGGAUAAUAGACGCUGUGGUUGCUGCUUAUAUCCUAAACGCCACUCUGGUGGUGCCCAAGCUGGACCAGAAGUCGUAUUGGAAGGACUCGAGCAACUUUGAGGAAAUCUUUGACGUCGAUUGGUUCAUUUCCUAUCUCUCAAAGGACGUUAAGAUAAUCGAAAAACUGCCUCAAGAACAAGGAAAAACCCCCCGGCACCACACCGUGCGCGUUCCCAGGAAAUGCACGCCGUCGUGCUAUCUUCAUCGUGUUUUGCCCCUUCUCACCAAGAAACAUGCGGUUGAACUCAGCAAGUUCGAUUACAGGCUCUCAAAUAAGCUGGACGCCAGCUUGCAGAGGCUAAGAUGUAGAGUUAACUACCACGCCCUGAGAUAUACACCAUCCAUUGACAAAAUGGGCAGACUUCUUGUUGAAAGGAUGAGAAAGCAAGCCCAGCAUUUCGUUGCUCUUCAUCUCAGGUUCGAACCUGAUAUGCUUGCGUUCUCGGGAUGCUAUUACGGAGGCGGGGACAGGGAGAGGGCUGAACUCGGAGCCAUCAGAACAAGAUGGAAAACUUUACAUACCGCAAAUCCUGACAAGGUACGGAGACAUGGUCGAUGUCCACUGACGCCAGAGGAGAUUGGACUGAUGCUUAGAGCAUUAGGCUUUGGGAGUGAUGUUCACUUGUACGUGGCGUCAGGCGAAGUGUACGGAGGAGAGAAGACAAUAGCUCCUCUGCGAGCUCUGUUUCCAAAUCUCCAUACCAAAGAGACCUUGACCUCCAAGGAGGAGCUGGCGCCGUUCGCUCAGUUCUCUUCGCGCAUGGCUGCUCUUGACUUCAUGGUCUGUGAUGAGAGCGAUGCAUUCGUCACCAACAACAACGGUAACAUGGCCAGGAUUUUAGCAGGACGAAGCAGGAGAUACUUUGGACACAAAGUGACGAUCCGUCCAAACGCCAAGAAACUCCAUAAGCUCUUCACGAACCGAGACAACAUGACAUGGGACGAAUUUGCGUCCAAGCUCAGGAGUUAUCAGCAAGGGUUCAUGGGCGAACCAGAGGAAAUAAAACCAGGACACGGCGAGUUCCACGAGAAUCCUUCGUCCUGCAUCUGCCGAAUCUCUGAAGCGGCACACAUGGAACAUACAAGGGACAAAGAAACAGGAUAUCUAACAGAGGACGAGCCAGACCUGUCUGAUUCAGAGUACUCAGAGAUGGCCAAUGUCCCUGCCACAGAUGCAGGCUCAAGUAGUUCGUCGCUGAAACCCGAUCAGGCCGAAGUUGACGAGGUGUUCUCAGAUUAAUCUAAGAAGCUUCUCAGGGUUUUUUUCUUUCUUUCAGGAAUUAUUUACGUUCAGCAUUGGGACAGUCUCUCUGGUUACCGUCAUGUACAUAAGUUUCUGAAUCUGUAAAUAUAUACUCUUCGGUAAAGAUAUAUUUGGAC